AUGGCCAUUAUUCUGCUCAUACCUCUGCUUCUCCUCCUGUCCUGUGUCUAUUUAUUUAGGUCCCAAAUCCACAGAUCUAGAUCUGCCCAGCCUUGCAUCCAAUACCCCCCACGUCCCCCAGCUUUCCCUUUUGUGGGUAACUUGUUUCAUUUGGGGCGUGCUGACCUUCCGGUUCAUUUUCUUCAACUAUCCCAAAAAUAUGGCCCCAUCUACCGCCUGAGCUUCUGGGAGAAAGACUUUGUUGUAUUGAACACAACCUCUCUGAUUCGUGAAGCACUGGUUAAGAAAUGGGCAGACUUUGCUGGGAGACCCCCAAGCUACAUUGGUGACCUCAUAUCUCUGGGUGGAAAGGACUUGUCUUUGGGAGAUUAUACCCCAAUCUGGAAGGUGCAGAGACGCCUCACACACUCCUCUUUGCAAAACCGCGUGCGUCAAGACCUGGAGACUCUGCUGCAUGGCGAGGCCAGGGAGAUGUGCCAAGAUUACAUGAACACAAAGGGGGCCCCAUUCAAUGUGUCUGAAGACUUCUCUAAGCGCACGUGCAGGAUCAUAGCCACGCUGACAUUCGGCACCAAGUACGAGCUGUCAGACCCCACAUUCCAGGAAAUCCACAAGUGCAUUGUUGAUAUAGUAAAUUUAUGGGAGUCUCCUCGUGUCACUAUCUUGGACUUCAUACCCAUUCUCAGGAAAUUGCCAAACAGAACCUUAAAUCUUCUCCUGGAGGCGACAGAAAGAAGAAAUUGCUUUGUGAAGACGCAGCUGGCAAAGCAUAAGUCCCAUCCUGCAGCCAGCGAAUCUGAGAGAGAUAUCCUGGAUGCCAUGAUUCACUUCCUGAAAGAAAAAAGCCAGACUGACAGCGAUGGGGUGACAGAGCUUUCUGAGGACCACCUGCAUAUGUCAGUAGUCGAUCUGUUUAUAGGAGGCACGGGGACCACGGCCUCCUUACUAACAUGGACAGUAGCCUACCUCCUUCAUAAUCCUGAGACACAAGAGAAGAUUUAUGAAGAGAUAAUAGGUGCGGUGGGGCCUGAUAAUUACCCCAUGUAUUCAGACCGUAAUUCUUUGCCGUAUCUUAAUGCCACCAUUUCUGAGAUGCUCAGACUGCGCCCUGUUGUACCUCUUGCUGUUCCACACUGUGCCACUAGAGACACCAGUGUUGCUGGAUAUUGCAUUCCUAAAGGAACAAUUGUAAUUCCAAAUAUUUUUGCUGCUCACCAUGAUACAACCGUCUGGGACAAUCCAACACAGUUUUCCCCUGAGCGCUUCCUGCCUGCCGCUCAAUGUUGCCCAUCCACCCGUUCUCUCGUUCCAUUUAGUGCCGGGGCCAGACUCUGCAUUGGGGAGACAUUGGCUCGCAUGGAAGCUUUCAUCUUUCUCUCCCAUCUCCUGAAAGACUUUCGUCUCUCUCCCAUCUCACCCUCGCUACUUCCUGACCUCAGAGGGGUCUUUGGCAUCAACCUAAAGUGCCACCCCUUUCUAGUCCACAUCCUGCCCCGGAACAACCCUCCAGUGCCUCCAUGUACUCACUGAGCGUCCAAAUCACUUAGACAU